CUAAGUUAGACUUUGAUCUUAGCUCUAGUGUCAUAUGCUCUAUUCUGAAUGGAUUAUUCGUGAGUGAAGGUUAAAUAAUUGGAUAAUCUGUGCUAUGAUAUGUGCCUUAUUUCAAAUCUCGUUAAAGUCAGGGGGUCAAACUGUGAAAUGGCUAUAAAAAAUCCAGCACUUUACUUUAAAUAACUUUGAAUAUAACAGUGCCUUACUAGAUUGGAUGUAUUCUUGGAAUACGGAAAUAUUGGAGAAAGUUCUUGACCCUAGUUUCUUAACUUACGAUAUCUCAAAAAUCGAUUGCAGCAAUGGACAUGGCAUGCUCAGUUUAAUACAAGUGCCUUAACAGUUCUUGCCAAAUAAGGAUUGACACUCUAGGAAUACUAAACAGAAGAAUAGACUCAACUGUCUGAAACCAAGAUGUCUUCUGAAAUGAACAGUACAGGAAGCGCCUCUCCCCACUUAAUCCGAUCGCCAAAGAUCUUCCGAGCGUUUUCAAAGGAGAAGAAGACAGCAGAAACGAAUGGGGCUCAUCACUCAUCGUCAUUGACUCGAUCCACACAUGCGUUGCCUAAAGCGAAUGGAUCGCAAUCACCAGCCGCAAAAAUCUUCCGAGCUUUGAAAAUAGGGCACGAGAGACCAAAAUCGGAGGUUCUUGCUAAAAGUCCGGUGAAUCGUUCGAUUUCUAAUGAUAUCAUCGAAAGGCGGAGUCCUUUUUCAUCCCCAAAACUCUUCCGUGCUUCGAAAAUGGGUGGUGAGAGGCCAAAAUCGGAGAUUUAUGCUAAAAGUCCUGUGAGUCGAUCUAUCUCGAAUGAUAUCAUCGAAAGUCGUAGUCCAUGUUCGUCCCCGACUGUUGUACGAUCCGGCGGAUUUCUCUCACCUAAACUAGUGCGGUCACAGCCUCACUCUAGUCAGAGUAAACCGUCACCUAUUCCGCUCAACAGGCCCCAGCGAUCGAUUAAGGAACCUUUGAAUUCACCGGUGUUAAUUCGGUCACCGUCCGGAUCAUUUUCGCCAGUGCUUGUUCGAGCGAAUCACGGGAGUAAUUCACCAAUGCUGGUCAGGGCAAGGAACGAUAACUACUCUCCUGUGUUGAUGGUCAAGGCGCCCAGGAAGAUUGUCAGAGAUGAUUCGGAUAAAUCCAUGGACCUCAGUUCUUUCGCCAUGCCGUUACUUGAGUCGGACACGCAGCAGGAGCAUCAUGCAGUAAGUUACGAUGACGGUGGCUACCGACAACGCUCAAAUUCCGGCGGAAGCGGAAUAAAAAACUUCGUACGGCCGAAAAUACGGACACGCCACAAAUCUCAGGAUGAGAUGCAGAACCAGGACUUCGUAAAGGCGCGUUCACCCGGAAAAGUUAAAAGUUUAUUUGAUAGUUUCCGGACAAAAAGUAAAGACGGUCCUAAGGUUAAGAAAAAGGGUUCGACGAAUGACCCGGUUGGGCGUCCGAUAUCAAAUCCUGUUGAAGCGUCCCCUCGGCCUCGCUCUGGUUCUUGGGGCAAACGGAAUAACAAUGGCUACCAAAGUGGCCCAAGUUCUCCAUCACCGAUUCCUGCGGGAAUGCAGUAUCCGGAUUUCCCAUACUCGUCUUCACCAAAAAGCCCGACCCCUAUGAGUCAGAUUUUAGAGGGACAGGCGGUGUUGCACAGGCAAACAACGUCUCAACGCCAAGGCCACAGUUCUGGUGGCAGCGACAAGAGUAACGAAAGCUCACGGAGCCCUGCGCUGAAACUUUCACUCGGGAAAUUGGAUAAUACUUAUCCUCCGGGGCAUGGACAAUCGUCACCUGGCAUGCAUCUGCAUGGUAGGUGUAGUUUCCCACCUGGGUCUUGCUCACCAGUGACAAUGCGGCCGCGAUCUAGUACGAUAGGGAGUGUUUCAGAUCCUCAUCGACCGAAAGUGUUCCAGUUUCCUAGCGUACCGUAUCAAGCCAGUCCACCCUUAUCUCCUCUUGGGUUUGCCCAGUUCAGUCGGAGUUUGGACUCUAGUCCUAGGAACCGGGAUAGUCCACACAACUAUAUCAUUUAUAAGGACCAUGGACGGGUUGCCAGUCUUGAAAAUGACCUGGAGCGCAUGGAAAUUGAAGAUCUUGAUGAUGAAGAUUCCAUAUUUGCCAAAUUCAUGAAAAUCCACAAGUGCUAUGACCUCAUCCCCACGAGUUCAAAACUCGUUGUGUUUGACACGCAGUUAAAUGUAAAAAAGGCUUUCUUUGCUCUGGUCUACAACGGUGUUCGGGCGGCGCCACUCUGGGAUAGUGCCAAACAAGAUUUUAUAGGGAUGUUAACCAUCACCGAUUUUAUCAACAUUCUACAGAAGUAUUACAAGUCUCCCAUGGGUGUGAAUGAUUCGCCAGCCAGCAUGGCACGCAACCUCAAGGUUAAAAUGGACGAACUAGAAGAACACAAGAUUCAGACAUGGAGAGAGGUGCUAAAGGACCACAUGAAACCAUUCAUCUACAUCAACCCCGAGGCUAGCCUGUACAGCGCCAUCAAAACGCUGAUUCACAAAAAGGUGCAUCGACUGCCGGUCAUCGACAAGUCAACGGGAAACGCCCUCUAUGUUCUAACACACAAACGAAUUCUGAGAUUUUUAUACCUAUAUAUGCACGAAUUACCCAAGCCAGCCUUCAUGAAGAAAACGCUCAAGGAGCUGAACAUAGGCACAUAUGAAAACAUUGCCACGACGACUCCUGAAACGCCAGUGAUUACAGCGCUGCACAAGUUUGUUGAACGACGGGUAUCAGCCUUGCCUGUGAUAAAAGAUGGAAAAGUAGUCGACAUAUAUGCAAAGUUUGACACUAUUGCAUUGGCAGCAGAGAAGACCUACAACAACCUUGAUAUCACCAUCAACCAGGCGUUACAACAUAGAAGCAAAGAAUUCGAAGGUGUUGUGAAGUGUCAUACGACUGAGUCAUUCGCCAGUGUCAUGGAGCGUCUGGUGAAAGCCGAGGUCCAUCGGUUGGUGAUCGUCAACGAACAGGACGCCGUCGAGGGAAUCGUGUCGCUCUCAGAUAUAUUAUCAUUCUUAGUACUAAAACCGUCGGAUGGCGCCGAAGACCCAGAAACAGAUGCAGUGAUACGAAAGGUGUCGCUAAGCGUCCGGCCAAACCUUGCUACUUUGGACGAAGAUCCAAAAUGGAUGCCGGUAUUCAGAGGUGAAGAGCAGGAAGUCCAGACAUGACGACUGCCAACAGAGAUGCCACGGAUGAACGUACCUUAACCAUAUACAAUGACAUCCCAUAACAGGCCACGUCAGAUGAUAAGCUGAUGUGGAUAGGGAUGCCUAGAUUUGAGGUUGAAAACCACGAUCGAACCUUGAGUCCUAAUCAGUGGAUACGAUUCUAUUACGAGGACUUGCAAGAUGUACCUCUGCUACGUUGUGUAGCUCUCGAUGGAUACAAAUCUUUUACGAGGACUGUACCACAGACCUAUUUUGUGUAGCUGUGGUAUUUUGCAAGAUUUACCUGUGAAACUUGGCGCACCGGUCGCAUUUGAUUCAUCGAUUACGCACUAUUUACAGACUGUGUGAAUGAACGAGUAGUGAAAGAUGUACCUUGACCGCAGUGAUGGAUGAGCUAAGGCCACGUCUUUGGCUAUCAAGAUGUACCACAGACGCGGACGUGGAGCAUGAUGCCCGUCCGAGAUGAGAGGAAUACUAGAUAUCAGGAUUGUAGGGUAGUCAUUUGACUAGAUGGUAGUCAUAUGAUCAAAUGAAGUCGAGAUAGGAUAAGUGGUCAGAAUCCGACUCCUGUCUUAACGUGGGUAGUUGUAAAUAGUGGAAUAUUUUGCAUGGAGAGGUAUAUUUUGUAAAUUGGCAAAAAGUGUAUGUUUCAUAUGAUGAUAAGGAAGGAAGACAAUUCAAAUUCGGAAUGAUAAAAAGUGAUUAUUAUCCUGGGUAUGCCCAUUGACUGUAAGUGAUGGGUUGUAUGGCUUACACCCAGACAGUCAUCUAGGAACACUCUCCGAUGACUGAGGGACUCAAAUGUACAGACAAUAGUAGAGUGCAGACACUGAACAUUUUAAUUUUUUUAGCUUUGUAAAUACGUUCGAACCUGGUGUUUAUUCCUUAGUCAGGGGAUUGGAAUUUAGAAUUGACAAUCGUCAGAGGUGCCGGAGGUCACACUAAAAUCCUCUGUAGAUGAUAGUAUGAAAAUCUAUCCACAGACGUUUAAACUCAAUUCAAAACAACCUCCUCUCUCGAAAUCUUGGUUACGACUAUGGUUUUCGUGGUGUAGUAGAGAGACAUUGAAUCGGACAUUUUAACCAGUGUUGAGACUGGAUCAGACUUGAACAGGGUGAUUUGGACAAUCUACACAUUCUUUGCUUUCAAAUUCAAAAUUUGCAUGUACUACCUGGAUGUGGUACACGGGAACUAAGGGACGAUGAACUACAGAGUAUUUGGAGUUUGACUAUGAGUGCAUGGGCAUUUGUACGCCAGUAAACAGAAAGUGUUCAGAAUUGAUGCGUUAAAAAUUGAUCACUUUCAAAAAGUGUUUUCCAUUUGUGCCAUGCAGUGGGGAGACAGACUAGAAUGCCAUUUGGCGUUUCUGUUAGGAUUAUUUGCGGUGCCGGAAUAGGUGUAAAAUGCCAUGGGGGAUUUGGCAGAAUACUACCUGAUAUCAGUGUGGGUACAGUGGUUUGGCCUACAAAUUGGACUUGGGUUUUUACUUUUGGUUAUUUCCUUGCCAGUUUUGGGAGCUCCAAAGUUUGUCAACAAACAUGUCGCAGAUAUCAUACCUUGUGCAGGACAGAUUUCUUCAAGUGUAAAUCAGAAGACUUGUAGUGAAUUUUUCUUGAAUAUGGGGUUAAGUAAGCAGUGAUGUGUUUUGAUGAGUUUUCAGCCAUAUGGUUGAAAUAAUUUACUGGAUAGCAGUAAUGGGAAAAGAAUACAUGUAAAAAUAUAUAUACUCAGUACAUGAAAUGUACAUGACAUGUACAUAGGUAUCUCUUGUACAUAGGUGAGCUAAAUUCAGGUGUCAUUCAAACAAAAUCACUCAAGCUGCAGACUAAUCCUAAAUUAGUCCAUUUGACACACAUAGAAGAUGCAUGAACGCAGAUAAACUGUGAACAUGUACAAAUUGGUCGAUUUGGGAUUUGUGUGCGGUUAGUUCUAGAUAUAUAUUAGUAAAAGAGUGUGGUAUCUUAGUACGCAGUGCUAGUAAAUGUAAUUAAUUAGCUGCAAAAGAGUCUGGUUGGGCAGGGUAAGUGACAGAAGUACUCACCUUUCACUUUUAUAAGAUCAAUAGAAAAUGUUUUUCGGCCCUCUUCAUUGAUUUUCAACAUGAAUAAAUUGGGUUAAGAUUAUUACCAGGCCAAAUGUUCAUGUGGAAUCAACCAACUAUAAGGGUGGUGGUCACCAAUGCACUACUGUUCAUACCAGUGGAGGGGGUGUUCAUGCCUUAAAUUGACUGACCUUAUAAAGGUGGAAAGGGAGUACAGGGUCCUGUUUUCGAAAGAAGUUUGUCACUUACUUUGUGUUUACUUUACCUUUGUGGUCAAGGUGCACUUUCUCGUCGAUUUUCAAAGUGCUGAUUGAAAUUUUUUAAGUUGAAUCUGGGAGGUAUAUGGCUCCGAAACUGAUGCUGUAUGUGUCCAAUAGUUGACUGCAGUGUCUCCAUCUGACAUUGACCAAAAGAACGAAACUAGUUCCGAUUUUAUCUGGCACUUGUACUAGUGUAAACAACUGCUAUUGGUAUUGUGUUAUGAUCCAAGAUCAAAUAUGAUAGGCGACGCUCAAUCAGAACAUCUGCCCAGGUGAAUCUACAAAUGCGCGCUCAUCUAUCACCAAAUCUGAACUUAAAUGACUCUCUCUGUCAAUAGACUGCCUGUAAUGAAAUGUUGGAUGAUUGAAGUGAUGGGGUUCUUAAUCGUGGUUCAUGUUUCCUUGUAAUAUUCAUGAUUUUCUUAAACAAAGUCUGCAUAUUGGCUGCGACAAUAAGUCACAUCUACUAAACAUGUUCAACAGAAAUUUCAAGGAGUACUAUGUAAUUCGGAAAGAAAGUGCCACUCUUGACCUCAAUGUACUAAAUGGGCUGUACAGUUCAACAUGUUGGUAAUUUCUUUAUUGGUUAAACAGUGCUUUUUCUGUGCACAUGAGAUAUGGCAUCUCAACUUGAUCAUUCUGUACAUUUGUAUAGCUUCCUGUACAUCAGUGUUAGUUGAUUUCAACCUCGGGGAAAACUUGGGGUUUGAGGUCCUUGUUCUGUUAGGCUGUUAUUCAAUUUCUUGUCAUCCUGUGAGAUAUUUUGAGGCAGUUGUAAUAAAGUUCGCUUUUGAGUUCAAAAUUUGCUGGGGACUUUGUAAAGUGUGAAAUUUUUAUUUUGGCGGCCUACGGGUUAAAUUCAAGAUGGCGUCCCAAGAUGGCCACCAUCGCACAUAAUUGGCCAUAACUCGCCACAUUUUUGAUGAGUAUGGAGAGAAAAAAUGCCUUUUUUCCUGAUAUUAGGUUGUGUGAUUAGUAGACCGGUGAAUAUGUUUGGCUAUUAGUUAAUCAUAGAUUUAAAGGGGCAUUAUGUUCUGCCAAGAGUAAUUUUUGUAAUUUAAUUUUGUGAAAUAGUGAUUUAUAUGUAAAAUGUACAUAAGUGUACAAGUUUACAUUAACUAGUUACCACGGUUAUAGAAAUGUAAAUAGAAAGUGUAAAUAUCUCUGCCGACAUGGGUGGGGACUACAUAUUGUAUAAUGGGACUUUAGAAUAUUGUAGGAAAUUUGGACUUGAGUAUUUUAGAAAAUACUGCUAGAUUUAUUUUUCAGUCCAGGUGUAAAUAGCAUUCAUGUUAAUGUGCAUUGUUUGUUUGUUUGUUGUGUUGUUAUGGCGAUGGGGAAUCGUUUAGACAGUUCACGGCACCUGGAUGGGAUCUUGUUAAAACAGUUUCAUACUUGUCGCAAAUUAUGACAGUUUUCACCUCGAAGUUGGGCGACUCAGAAUUGGCAUGUCCAAUAUAAAACUCUAUUUUGAAUACCAACUGCCAACAUGCUAAACAAACGGAGAAAUGGACUGGGACUGGAAGUAGCUGUUACAUCAAAUUCAUUAAAGAGUGGCAGUGGGUGUCACUUGCACAGUCCACCUCUGGAGGUAACCCCUGUUCAUCUUUCUAUCUGUCAAAGCCUGAUUGUCUCGACAGAGACUGAAUGAGAUAAUCAGUAUUUCCUGUCUGUCAUGGGAUGUUUCAUUAGAUGUAAGAGCAAAAUUUGUGUUUCACCCUUGUGAGCUGUGGUGAGAUCUAAAGCAAUUCAAUGGGUUCAACCCAUUCUCAACAGAUCAGUACUAAGUGUGCUGUGACUUUUGACCAUAUGACAAGCAGAAAAUUGCGAGAUGAUGCAUUCCAUAAAGGCUUCGCAAUACCCAUCAUCUCAUAUUGGCCCUCUACCAGCCUGAUUGGGAACUGAUCUACUUUCAAUGUUCAAACCCUUUAACUGCUGUCUGUCUAACUCAGGGAUUACCUGCCGGCUACAUCUCAACUUAACAUAUUCUAUAGUAACCUUGCCCUUAAUAUACAUUGGUAGGCCGACCACUAUUUUGGAUUUAAGAUGACUUUGGUAAUUUUUUUACUGUCAGCAGUUGUCCUGCAUUUCUGAAAUUAUUCAAGUGCAUGUGCAGUAAUAUGAAUUUCUAACAAGUGCUUCUAUUCUUACAACCCACAGUUAUGCAAAGUCAAGGGUAAUUCGUAUCAAUAUUAUAUCAGUAUGUAAAGCCUUGUUUGGAGAAUAUGUUAGAAGUGCUGUAAGCCCCCAUUUCAUUUGGAGUUAAAGGUGAAAAAAGUCUAUAUUUUACUGGCAGAAUUCAGUAAAGGUGUUCCCCUUCUGAAUAUUUCUGCCAUAUUCUUUGCCUGAUUUAUCAAAAGCACUAUGCUCAUUUUAUAAACCACUAGAAUUGCCUUUUAGAAAGAUAUGGUGGUUGAACCUCCCAUGUUAAUGCCUGUAGUACAGGAUCAACUUUUCAUUCCAUUUUCUGAAAAUGCAGAUUCAGGGCUUGUAGCUUUAAAGUAUGGCCCAUGAUAGGCAUAUUCAGAAAAUUGGAUGAAUGUUUCAUCACAUACCUAUUCCAUUUGAAGAACUAUUGCCCAGGCGUCUUUGUCUGGGUUGCUUGUUAUGAUAAUCUUCAAUCAAAGAAAUAAAACCUGUAGCUUUGCAAUAGAAA